AUGGAAUAUUUGGGUUGUUGCAAUUUUCGUCUCUCGCGGCUGCUCGAUCCUAGGUUUUUCUAUCUUGUUACGCCGGCGUUGUUAGAAUCGUUCAAAACAAAGAGGACAAUUCAAUUUGUUGACUGGUGCCCAACUGGUUUCAAAUGCGGCAUCAAUUACCAGGCACCGACAGUGGUGCCAGGGGGUGAUCUUGCACAGCUGAAGCGCGCAGUGUGCAUGCUCAGCAACAACACAGCUGUAGCUGAAGUUUUCUCCCAAAUCAACCACAGAUUCGAUCUUAUGUAUUCCAAGCGAGCAUUUGUGCACUGGUAUGUAGGUGAAGGUAUGGAGGAAGGUGAAUUCUCAGAAGCACGUGAGGAUCUUGCUGCCCUUGAAAGGGAGUACGAGGAAAUGUAG